AUGUUCGCGCUGGAGCAGUUUGAGGCGGCGGGCGGCGGCGGCGGCAGGAGCGGGGCGCCGGGCGACCGCGCCGGCGGCUUCGGGCCGGCGCUGGGCUCGCACUUCAAGCCGUCGCCCUUCCACGCCGGGGCCGCCAGCGGCGAACCGGCGGCCCUGGGCGCCCUGGGGGAGCCUUCCUCGGCCAUGCUGGCCAUGAACCUGAACUUGCCCGGGGAGGCGUACGGCUUCUCCACCGCCCGCGGGAGCCACUCGGAGCUGCAGCAGGCCCAGGCCGUGCACGGCUUCUUCGGCAACCAGCAGCCCGCGCACGCCGGCCACCACCAGCCGCCGCCGCCGCACUUCGGGAGCGGCUUCGGGGCCGAGUCCAGCGCUUCCUGCCUGCACGGCGGCCGCCUGCUCAGCUACCCCGCCGGCCAGCAGACCUUCGCGGCGGACGGCUACGACCAGCACCUGGCGGACGGCGGCGAGGGCUUCGGGCAGCAGAGGGCGGGCCCCCUCCAGGACUUCCAGCCGCCGCCGCACCACAACCCCGGCGUGCCCGCCCCGUGCCUCCCGCUGGACCAGUCGCCCAACCGCGCGGCCUCCUUUCACGGGCUGCCGGGAGCCACCUCCGCGGAGCCGCACAGCCUGGACUCGCAGCGGCGCCUCCCCAGCCAGGGGGCGGCCGCCGUGGACGCGCUGGAGUACAGUUACGCGAGCGGCGAGGGCCACUUCGACCUGCCCGUCUUCUCCCCGUCCGAGGCCGAUGGGCAGCUGCCGCCCUACGGAGCCGGCCGGCAGCCCGUGCCGCCGGGCGGGGGCAACUUCUCCGGGCCUUCCGCGGCCCUGCCCCGCGCGCCGGGCGCUAUGGGCGCCAUGGGCAAGGUGCACCCGCCGCCGCCGCCCCCGCAGCAGCCGCAGCAGCCGCACGGCGUGUUCUUCGAGCGGUUCGGCGCCUCCCGCAAGAUGCCCGUGGGCCUGGAGCCGGGCCUGGGCGCCGGCAGGCACCCGCUGAUGCAGCAGCACCAGCCGCCGCCGGCGCUCCUGGCCAGGCAGAACUCCUGCCCGCCUGCCCUGCCGAGGCAGCAGCCCUGCGCGGAGGGCAACAGCACCGGCGCGGGCCUGCAGGACGGCGGCGGCGGCGGCGGCCCGCUCCUGCAGGGCCAGCACGCCCAGUUCGAGUACCCCAUCCACCGCCUGGAGAACAGGAACCUGCAGAGCGCCUACGGGCCGGGAGAGCCGGUCUACGGCGCCCACCACCACCCGCAGGCCCCGCAGCCCCCGAACCAGCGGCUGCAGCACUUCGACGCGCCGCCCUACAUGAGCCUGGCCAAGCGGCCUCGCUUCGACUCGUGGGGCGGCGGCGGCGGCGGCCUCCACGGCGCCGCCCUGGACAGCCACCUCUCGCCCACUGCCGCCUACCCGGGCCUGCCCGGGGACUUCACGCCGCCGGGGCCGGACAGCUUCCCGCCGCCGCCGCCGCCGCCGGGCGCGCCGCUCCAGCCGCCGCCGGGCGCUGACCACCAGGCGGCCCUGCAGCAGCAGCAGCAGCGCCAGAACGCCGCGCUGAUGAUCAAGCAGAUGGCCGCCUCCCGCCACCAGCAGCAGCGCCUCCGCCAGCCCAGCCUGCAGCAGCUCGGCCACCACCACCACGGCCACGGCCCCCACCACCACCCCGGGGAGCCCCCCUUCGAGGCGCAGGAGGGCGCCUGGUUCCCGGCCCCGCAUCCCCCCGCGGCCCCGGCGGGCGCGGGCGACCUGCUCUUCCGGCCGGGGAUGGGCGGCAUGCCGGGCCUGCAGGAGCCGCCGCUGCGGAUGCCGGCGGGGGGCGAGGGCCACGUGCCGUCCCCGGGCAGCCUCCAGGGCCAGUUCGGCCUGAGCCCGUCCUCGGAGCGUCGGCCCGGGCCGCCGGACUUCGCCGCCCAGCAGGGCUUCCCCUUCGGCGCCUCCAGCCGCCAGGCCACCCCGCACAGCGGCUCGCCGGGCUCCUACGGGCCCCCGACGGACUUCCAGUCCUCCGGGCCGCCUCCCCCCGCGCAGCCCCGGCCGCCUGCGACGAGUAGCAAGCUGGGCGCGCUGUCGCUGGGCUCCUUCCCCAAGGGCGGCGGCAGCAGCGGCCUCUUCGGGCAGAGCUGCCUGGCCGCCCUCUCCACCGCCUGCCAGAACAUGAUCGCCAGCCUGGGCGCCCCGAACCUCAACGUCACCUUCGGCAAGAAAGGCGCGGCGGCGGCGGUGGCCGGCGGCAUCGGGGCGGGCGGCGAGGGCGCCAAGCGCAGCAAGCUGAGCCCGGCGGAGCCGCCCGAGGCGGGCAGCGCCGGGCCCGCGCCGCCCCCGCCUGCCCCGGGCGAGAGCGGUCUGUCCCCCAACUACUCGCCCGGCCCCGGCCCCGACGGCAAGGCGGGCGGCGGGCGGGGCAGGGGGCGCAGGAAACGGGACAGCGGGCACGUCAGCCCGGCGGGCGGCGGCGGCGGCGGCUUCUUCGACAAGUACGGCCCGUCGGCCGGGGUCGAGGGCGGCAGCCCCGCGCAGGGCGGCGAGCGCGGCGGCGGCGGCACCGCGCACCUGCACGAGCCCCACAAGGCGCUGAGCUCGCCGCCCUCCUCCUGGGCCAAGGGCGGCGGCGCGGCUGACCUGCUCCUGCCCCCGCCGGCCCCGGAGCAGCCCGAGCUCCUGCCCGCCCUGGACAAGGCGGACUCCUGCUCCCCGCGCAGCGGCGGCGACUUCCCCGACGAGGCCGGCAACGAAGACGAGGUGUCCUCGAGCUCCGACAACCAGCUGGCCAAGGGCUGCCCGGCCGGGCGCAGCCCGCUGCAGCCGCGGCCGGGCGACCACGCGCUGCUGAACGGACAGAAGGCCGCCCUGGCCCAGCUCGGCCUGCACGGCGGCGGCACCUCUACCUCCAGCCCCGACAGCUACGGCGGCGGCGCCCCCGCCGGCGGCCCCGCGCAGGACGAGAUCCACCCGCUCGAGAUCCUGCAGGCGCAGAUCCAGCUGCAGCGGCAGCAGUUCAGCAUCUCCGAGGACCAGCCGCUGGGCCUCAAGAGCGGCAAGAAGCCCCCCGACGGCUCGGGCGGCGCCGGCCAGAACGGGGACAGCGCGGAGCUGAGCAGCUGCUGCGCCGCCGCCGCGGGCGAGGCCGGCAAGGGCGCCAUGAGCACCAUCGACCUGGACUCGCUGAUGGCCGAGCACUCCGCCGCCUGGUACCUGCCCGCGGACAAGGCCCUCCUGGACGGGCAGGAGGAGGACAAGGGCCUGGCGCCCUGGGAGAAGGCCAAGCCGCCGCACGCCAGCAAAGAAGCCCACGACCUGCCCCCGAGCAAGACCGCGGCCACGGCACAGACGGGCGGCCACUUGCCGUGCCUUUCCGUCCACUGCACGGACGACGUGGGCGAGGCAAAGGGCCGGACUGCAGUGCCGACAUGGCGAUCCCUGCACUCGGACAUCUCCAACAGAUUCGGGACUUUUGUGGCUGCCCUCACUUGAAGAAGAAGGGGGACAAGGAACCGUUUCUUUUCUUUUUA